AUGGAAGACAAAGGUCCACCACUAGAGUCUCUCAGCCCAGGUGGAGUAUCAAAGGUGUUAAAUAAACAGACAUUUAAAUGUCACCUAAGUGCAUGGGAGAGAGCAAAAAGCAUUCAGGGACCAUUCCAGAAACCUGACAUGAAGUUGACUAGUAAAUCUGUCAUAACCCAACAUACUGAAUCAGAUACUCAAACAAAAUCUUCAUCAAUUUUUCAGCAAGCAAGUAAGCAUGAAGGCUUAAAGGUGGUGUCUCAAAUUCAUCAGCAUUCAGAAGUUAGCACUAAAUGCUUCAAAAGUUUGGAAGGCACUGAUGGUUCAAUUCCUUCAUGUUCAUUUCAGAAAGCUAGCAAACUCUUUUCAUGUCACCAUGCACCACCAAGUGGUCUUGAAGAAUCUUUCAUUUUUGAGCAAGAAAGUGAACAGGAAAAUCCACAAAAAAUGCCUCCAAUUCAAGAGCAGUCAGAUAGUAGCAUUAGCAAGGUUGGUGAGCAGAAUGCUUGUCCUAAUAUCCAAGAAAAAUAUUCUGCACCUAGAGCCCCAGUAUUCAAAAAAGUAACAAAAGUAUCAGUACUUAAAAUCCCUGCAGUUCAAGAUAACAUGACUAGAAAGAGCUUGACAUCAUCCUCUGAACAUGAAUUAGUAAGUACAACAAAAUCCUCUGGAUUAGCUCAACCUGCCUUUAACCAUUCAUCUAGUUCUGCUUUCACGCAUGUUUUCACUCAAAAAAAUCGACCAACCUUUUCAAAACCGGUUUUUGUAGCUCGUCCUACUAAUAGCAAUAGUAAGUCCCAGUCAAAAAGUAAUGCUAUCACAGACAAAAUACCAGCUGGGAAUGAUCCAACAUCAAAAGAUAAAAUCAUACCAUUAAGGCCAACUUUUUGCAAAAAACAGGCAUCUGCAUCAAAGCCACUGUUAGAAACUCAACCAAACAAGAGAGAGAGGAGCCCAACAUUAAUUAAUACUGGAACCAGUGAGGCAGUAAAGAAUUUGGUCUCUAGUAGCAGUGAUAUCAACAUAACUAAAAUGAAAUAUAUUAACAAGACUAUAUUAGAAGAACCUUUUCCAGGAGUCAUGAAAAAAGAUUUUUCAGAUAAUAGUGUUCAGAAAACUAAGAAAAUUGAUAACCAACACUGUUCAAAUAGUAAAGAACACAUCAGAUUUGCUAAGCAGACUAAUACUUCAGAGGUCAAAAAUGCUGAGAAGAGGCUGGGUAAUAAAGAAAGGUCUACUGUCAAGAGGUCACUUAAAGGAGUGGUAUGGGCUCGAGUGCAAGGAGCACUGUGGUGGCCAGCAAUGGUUGAUAUUGAUCCUGACUACAAAAAAUAUAUGUGGCUCAAUGACAUUGCUACAUCACCAAUUUCCUACCAUGUGACAUUCUUUGGGGAGCCUGUGACUCGCGCCUGGGUUACCCCUAUGAAUAUGAAACCAUUUGAAAAGAGUGAUACCUAUGAACGUUUUCUUAUGUGUGAAUCAAAGGAGAAAAUCAGCAUAACACAUUUAAGGGAAGCUGUUGACUCUGCUCAUCAAGCACUUGAUAUGGAUCUACAGUGUCGCAGAAAAACAUUUGCUUUUGUUGUCCGGUUCAAUGGAAAACUGAAAGCCAAGCACAGCAGGUCAAGCAAUGAUUGCAGUCAAAAGUUAAAUAAGGCCAAGAGGAAAAAGGUUUCACUAACUAAUAAUAAACAAAGUGAGACUUGGCCUCCUUCUCCACAUGGACAUAAUUUGCCCGACAUCAUUCCAACAGGUGAAUAUGAGUUCAAUAGGAUAAAAUCAUCAACACCAGUGGAGAAACCAGCAUUUAAAAGAAAACUUUGGAAUGCUUCUGAUUUAUUUAGUGAGAAGAGUGUAAGUCCAGUCCAAGAGAGUGAAAACUGUCCUACAGUUUCCAAAAGAUUUGCCAUUAUUCAAAGAGGUAAAUGUGACAAGAGAGAAACCAAACAGAGAGGACAUGUGUCAUGUUCAAAACAGGGAGAGUUUUCUUGGCAAAGUGAUAGAGAUCAAAGUGGUGAAAAUGUAGAUGAGAAAGGUAAACAAAGUGGUGAUAGUGCAGAUAAGAAAGGUAUAUAUGAAGAACCAAAAAAAAAAAAAAAAUUUGAAUGUGAUAAAUAUCUUGAAGAUGACAUAGGAAAAAAAAUUAAAGCAAAAAAUCACUGUACAAAAUGUAGUGCUAACAGUAACACUAAACAAGAUAAGUUUGAAAAACAGGAUAAGGAAGAGGAAGUGGAAGAAGAGAAUGGUGGUUUAUUUAAAAAACAAGUUGAAUAUGAAGAACAGGGUGAUGAUUAUGAAGAUGAAAAUGAAGAAAAGUGUGAUAAUGUGAAUAAAAAACAAAGUAAGAAAAAAUGUAUCUUUAAGAAGUGUAAUACUGAUGGUGAUAGUGAAGAACCCAAUAACAAAGAUGGAGAGUAUAUGGAACAGGAAGAUACUAAUAGUAAUUAUGAACAUCCCAGUGGCAAAGAUGGCAAGAACAGAGAAUUUUGCAAUAAAGAUGGUACUGAUGGCAAUAAUGAACUAAAUAAUGAAUGUGAUGUACAGGUACAAGAUGAUACCAUUGUUGAUGAUGAACUCUAUAAUAAAGAUGCAAAUUAUGAAGAGGUAUAUAAUGGUGGUGAUGAUGAAGAACAUAGUAAUAAAGGUUCAGAUUAUGAAGAAGUUUAUAAUGGGGGUGAUGAAGAAUGUUGCAGUAAAGAUGCAGAGUAUGAAGAGAGUUGUAAUGGAGACAAAGAACCUUAUAAUAAAGAUGCAGAUUUUGAAAUUUAUAAUGGUGAUGAAGAACAUUGUAUUAAAAAUGUAGAUUAUAAAGGUUAUAGUGGUGGUGGUGAUGAAGAACCCUGUAAUAAAGAUGUGGAGUAUGAAGAUUAUAAUAGUGGUGGUGAAGAACAUUGUAAUAAAAAUGCAGAUUAUGAAGAGGGUUAUAAUGAUGGUGAAGAAGAACAUUGUAAUAAAAAUGCAGAUUAUGAAGAGGGUUAUAAUGAUGGUGAAGAAGAACAUUGUAAUAAAAAUGCAGAUUAUGAAGAGGGUUAUAAUGAUGGUGAAGAAGAACAUUGUAAUAAAAAUGCAGAUUAUGAAGAGGGUUAUAAUGAUGGUGAAGAAGAACAUUGUAAUAAAAAUGCAGAUUAUGAAGAGGGUUAUAAUGAUGGUGAAGAAGAACAUUGUAAUAAAAAUGCAGAUUAUGAAGAGGGUUAUAAUGAUGGUGAAGAAGAACAUUGUAAUAAAAAUGCAGAUCAUGAACAAGAUUAUAAUGGUGGUGGUGGUGAUGAGUCCUGUAAUAAAGAUGCAGAUUAUGAAGGUUAUAAUGGUAAUGAAGAUGAGCACUGCAGUAAAGAUGCAGAUUAUGAAGGUUAUAAUGGUGAUGGUUGUGAUGAGCCCUGUAAUAAAGAUGCAGGUAAUGAGACAGAUACGUUUGUUGACGAUAAGCACAAAGAACCGGAUAAUCAUAAAGGUGAAUAUAAAGAAAAGGACAAUAUUGCUGAAUAUGAACGCAGCAGUGAUGGUGAAUAUGAACCUUGGGAAGAUGAUGACUGUGGAAAUCAAAAUAAUGAUGGUGAAUUUGACAAUGACGAUGGUAAUAAAGAAUGUGAUAAAAAUAAUAAUUCUGAAUGUGAAGAUCAAGAUAACAGUGAUGAUGAGUGUGAAAAUCAAGAUAUUAAUAGUGAAUAUGAAGAUGAGAAGGGUGAUUGUGAAGAACCAAAAAAGAAUGAUGGAAAUCUAGGCAGUGAAAAUGAUGAGCUAAAUAAUAAUGAACAUCAAGAUAAUGACGAUUAUGAAGAACAAGAUUAUGAUGAAGGGGAUAAUGCUGAAGAUGGAGAGAAUGAUGAUUUUGAUAACCAAAAUAAUGGGUAUGAACAAGGUGAAAGUUAUGAAGAUAAUGACAAACAGUAUGACAGUGGAGACUCUGAAGAACAAGGCAGUGAAGCUAGAAAAGAACAUAGUAAAGAUAGUGAGGAUGAAGGUGACAGUAAAGAUGCAUGUGAAAAUCAAGAAAUUAAUCAUGUUGAGUAUAAAGAUGAUGACAAGGGUGAUUAUGAAGAAUCAAAAGAGAAUGAUGAAAAUCGAGGCAGUGAAAAUGUUGAGCAAUAUAAUAACAGUGAAUAUAAAGAUAAUGGUGAGUAUCAUGAAGAACAAGAUUUUGAUGAUGAAAAGGAUAAUGCUGAAAAUGAGGAGCAUGAUUUUGAAAAACAAAAUAAAUGAGCAUGGUGAAAAUUAUGAAGAUAAUGACAAACAGUAUGAAAGUGGAGUCUAUGAAGAACAAGGUAAUGAAGACAGAAAAGAAUAUGGAAAAGAUAGCAAGUAUAAAGUACAAGAUCAUAAAAUAGCAUAUAAAA